AUGAUAAUGGUUUUCUUAGUUUUGUUUUGUUUUGAAUCAUCUGAGUUUUCUGUAGGUGUUUGUGUAGGUGUUUGGGUUUGUUCUGGGAUUGUUGUUGGAGCUGGUGUUGGUUUCCGCGAUUUUGUUGGUUUCGGUGAUGGGGUUGGUUCUGGUGUUGGAGCUGGUGUUUCUGGUGGAAGAUCUGGAUCUAGAGGACAUGGUUGA